AUGGCUCAUAGAUUACUAGUUCAAGUUAUAUUCACAGGUGCUCAAGUUUUUGGUAGAGCAUUCACUGAAGCCUACCGUCAAGCUGCACAACAAACUGCCAAACAAUCAGCUAGCUCGGCAGGAAAAGCUGCACAAAAUUUCGGUAUAACAUUAGAUGAAUCCGCAAAGAUUUUGGAUGUUGAUUUAAAGAAUGUUUCAAUGGACAAAGUUGAUGAAAGAUAUAAUUAUUUAUUUGAUGUGAAUUCUAAAGAAAAAGCCAAUUCAUUUUAUUUACAGUCCAAGAUCUAUUGGGCUGCUGAACGUUUAAAAAGUGAAUUGAAAGAGAAAGAUGCUGCUGCAAAGGGAGAGAAGAGUGAAGCAAAAACAGAAGGAGGCGAACAACAGACAAAGCCGUGA